CGGAGCUGUUGAGCAGGAGACUGGGCCUGAUGUGGUCGGGGUCCUGGUGGCUGCGGAGUCCGGUGGGCCCUGCCAGGACUCUGCUUUAUCUGCUGAACUUUGGGGGAAGAUCCCACUAUCCUGGUCCAUGUGCAGGUCCAAACCUUGGCUCGGUGACGCCUCACCUGCAUUGUCCAAGAGAGACAGGUUGACCUGGUGUCAAGGUGCCCCCCCCCAUCGCGGACCCCUCUCACACCCGCAUCCUCUUGAGUGCUGAGCUCAUCUGGCAGAAAACUCAGGUCCAGAUCAUCGGCUUCUUUGUCGUCUCCAGGUUUCUGUGGAGGGUCCGGGUCCGGCUGUGAGGGACUGCGGAGACCCUCCUCCGCCGUGAAGCCAGAGUCCUGAGGAGACACCGGAGGAUGAGGUCCACACCCGACCGGAGCGUCCGGCGGGCACCCGCGCGGACACGGACUCACGUUUGCGAUGGAAUCGUCAAAGUAGCGCUCCAGCGCCAGCUCGUCCAUGACGCCUGCUCAGGACGCAGCUGACGGCGAUCACACUGAUGAGACGCUCACGCAGGACACCCGCGGCUGACGCGUCCCAGACCCACGGCCGCGAGCGAGGGUCCCACCUGGACCACACUUUCUGUGCUGUCGCCAUCGCAGGCUGGAGCCGCUGCUCCACCCCGGACCCCGAACCGGGCCGCGGUCUCGGCUCCAUCAUGUGCCACACGGCACGAAUGAAACGUCAUCGUCGAGCCUCGCCGACGUUCAGUAAAGCGAGGACACAUCGUGCGCGCGCUCGCCUCUGUCUCCCUCUCGUGGAGGGACUCGGUUAAUGUGCCGCACUCGAGCCGCCCGCCAGCAGGGGACGCGCCCUGCGUGUCGGAUCACGUCUGCGCCUGCGCCCUGGAGGCAAACAAAGCAGCACGUCGUUGUGAGGCGUCGCCGACUCAUCCGCGAUCGAGCGUCAUGGAGGCCGUGACGAAACACCUGACGCACUUCUCUCUGGAGGCUCGAGAACUCUACCUGGACGGCUCGGUCCCGUACCUGGACGGCCCCCCCGACCCGCUGACCUUCCACCGUCACUGGAUUGCCGCAAACAAGCCCUGCAUCAUCAAGGACGCCUUGCAGCACUGGCCGGCGCUGACCCGCUGGACGCCAGCCUACCUGCGGAAGAAGGUGGGGUCCAGGGUCAUCAGCGUGGCGGUCACCCCCGACGGUUACGCCGACGCGGUGAGCGGGGAUCGAUUCGUGAUGCCGGAGGAGCGGCGCAUGACCUUUGCCUCGGUGCUGGACAUCAUGGAGGGGAAGGAGCAGCGCAGCAGCGUCUUCUACGUCCAGAAGCAGUGUUCCAACCUCCUGGCCGAGCUGCCGGAGCUGGCGGACGACGUGGAGCCGCAGGUGCCGUGGAUGAGCUCGGCGCUGGGAAGGGCACCGGAUGCUGUCAACUUCUGGCUGGGGGACUCGCGCGCCGUCACGUCCAUGCACAAGGACCACUACGAGAACCUGUACUGCGUGGUCUCCGGAGAGAAGCACUUCAUCCUGCUGCCGCCCACCGACCGCCCCUUCAUCCCCUACGGGGUGUAUCAGCCGGCGGUGUAUCACCAGCGCGACGACGGUGAAUUUGAGAUCGUGGAUCAGAGCGGCUCCCAGAAGGUGCCCUGGAUCCCGCUGGACCCGCUGGAGCCAGACCUGGAGCGCUUCCCCUCCUACAGACGGGCGCGGCCGCUGCGCUGCAGCGUGAAGGCUGGCGAGAUGCUGUACCUCCCGUCGCUGUGGUUCCACCACGUCCAGCAGAGCCACGGCUGCAUGGCAGGUGAGCAGCGGGCGACGCCCACACCACGCGCCGCGCUCAACUCUCUCUCAUCGCCAGUCAACUUCUGGUACGACAUGGACUUCGACAUCAAGUACAACUACUUCCAGCUGCUGGAGAAACUGUCGCAGGUCAGCGGGGCCGCGCCGUCCUGAGCGCCGCGCCGCCACUGCAGUCAGGUUCCGUUUUUCAAACGCUUUUAUUGAAAAGGAAAGCGUCUUGUUUUUUAUCCAAAGCAACAAAGAAAACUUUAUUCAACUCUUGUCAGAAACGAGCUUAAAAAAAAAAAAAAAAAAUCACUUUUUUUCCCCUGUGAUUAUUGCAGUUUCCCCUCAUGAUUAUCUCGCCGCCACUCAUAUGUGCAAUGGUAAACAAGGUGCAUGUUGCCGUGGUGACUGCCGACCGACGCGUCAUCUGGAAGGAUGGCGUCAUCCGAGCUCAGGUUACGGCUCUCCAAACCAGCUCGAUGCGGUCCGUUACCACGGGAACGCUAGGGCCGGGCGAGGCGGCGGUAGAUGGGCACGGUGAUGCUGUGGAAGGCGGGGACCCAGCGGUUGUCGUGGAGACCCACGUUGCAGCCGGGCGCCUCGCGCCGCACCUCGUGGCAGCACAUCCAGUAGCCGGGUCCGUAGGGCAGCGCCUGGCAGUAGGGCUUGUGGUGCCAGCGGCACAGCGACACGUCGCCGCGGCCGUAGCGCUUCUUGCACUGCUUGCAAGGGUCGUCACGGUAACGGGGGUCCGACACCCACAGCGAGUCGGCCGGCCGGAUGCCGUAGGUCUGGAUGACGAACUUGAAGUAGUGACACGUGCACUGCAGCGCCGCCAGGCUCUGGGUGGGCAGCAGCUGGAAGAUCUGGACCAGCAGGUGCAGCGGCAGCACGCUGAGGAAGGGCUGCGGCUCCAGGAGCCGCUGCAGCCGCUGACGCUUGUCCAGGAAGUCCUGCGACGCCGACACCCGCCGCAGCAGCAGUCGCGCGCCGCCCUGCUGGGUCUCAGCCCUGCGCUCCGAUUGGCUGCACGAGAGGCGGGGCGGGCCGGCCGGCGGCAGGAAGAGCAGACCGGGAGGCGGCUCCUCCGCCUCGGUACUGGGCCGGGCCGCGGAUGCGUCUGGGGUCGGGGGGGUCGCGGCCUGGUCCACCACGGCCAGCAGGACCCGGCCCACGCUCCUCCUCAGGCUGUUGCUCCUGGACAGGUCUCCCGUGGAGCGCCGCCGCAGACACUCAGACUCCAGCCUGGCCACCAUGUUGGACACGCUGACGCUGGCAGGCUCCUCCCCCUUGACCUCGGACCUGUCCCUGCACUCGUUCUUCUGGACGGUGAGCACGACUUUGGUUCCAGUCUGCUGCUGGCUGACUUGCCGCUCCAGAAACGCCACCAUCUUGCCCACCGACACCUUGUCCUCUGCCGUCUCGGCGAGGCCCCGCCCCCACGCCGGCGGCUGAGGGUCCUGGAGGCCAGACCUCCGGCGCCUCUUGGCGUUGAUGGCUUGCUCCCAGCGUCCUUUGGCUUUGGUGGCACGCGGCGCAGAGACGCGGUCCGAGAACGGAUCCAGUCCGCCGGCGACGUCCGCUGCGAAGAUGGCGAUCUUCUCCCGCACGUGUCCAGGCUUGAUGACGGUCCAGAGGUCCAGCAGCGCUUCGUCAUCUCGGAACAGACUGGUCCUGCAGUCGGCGUGGCCGCCGAGCGUGCUGCCAUAGCUACGGCUGCAGGUCCUCACCAGCGCCCCCGGCUGGCUCGCGUACGCGGCGCUGCGCUGCACCGACGGCUGGACUCCAGCAGGGCGCACCAGACUCUGACACGGCUUCAGGUGCAUGAUGGGCUCAGGUCCUGAGGGUCAGGGAGGAAGCGGGUUAGAGACGCGAGGCUCCCAGUGACCCAGUGUGUGUGUGUGUGUGUGUGUGUGUGUGUGUGUGUGUGUGUGUGUGUGUGUGUGUGUGUGUGUGUGUGUGAGAGAGAGACACAGUCAGCGUGUCACAACUGCUGAGAUGUUUGGCUGGGCACCUUCUUCUCCGUGGGACCUCACAACAUCCACACCACCUGCACACCUGAGCAGUCUUGCGAGUGGGCGGGGCUAACUCACCACAAAGUCUUGAGUGGCAGCUCCUCUGGAUCCGUCUCUGUCACAUCUCUCAGGUGUUGAGGGACACAACGCUGGAGGGAAACCACACACACACACACACACUUAGGGAGGGAACUGCAGUCAAUCUAACCAGUUGAAACACGAACAACUCACCAGACUGGUUUCUGUUCACGUGCGCACACACUUCCACACAGCGACUGGCGUCUGACCCCCCCCACCCCCCGCUGUGCCACUUCACACAAGUCAGUACCCACUCCGGCCAGCUGGGGGCGGCAUGUCCAGGACUGCUGGUUGAGAGUGACCAAGUCAACCAAGGCUCAGUUGUCACCUCAAACGCCGAUGAGACGACUUAUGUGGUGGCAGUGGACUCGUACACUGGCCCUGCAGCGCGCCCUCAACAGAACCCAACCUCCGGGGGGAAUCCAGUCUUAAAGCAAACUCCACUGGGUUGGUGUUGACCUCACAGAGUCCCACGAGUCAAAGCCCUGUGUCCAGCAGGCCAGUGAGCCGGGUCGCCGGACCGUCCUGAAGCGGAUAUGGGCAGCAGAUGAAGCGCUCGUCUCCUCGGAGCUGAGGGGCAACUCUCUCCACAGCGUCCACUCGCUGGGCCCAGAGGAUCACGGCAGAGGGACUCGGACUGGCUCCACUCUCGGCUGCAGGUGGGGGGCAACUCCGCGACACUGGAGCAGGACGCGGGUCUCAGCGGGCCUGCACUCUGGUGCUCUCAGAUUGUUGACCCGGGGGCAAAGGUCAACAUGCACAGCAGACACAGCUUUGAUGACGUCAAUAGA